AUGUUGUUCCAGGAUUCUUGCUGCGGUGUCGCGUUCAGGUCGUUGGUGACCACCGACGAGAAACUGUUCCAACAGACCAUCCAGUUCUACCACUCGCUAGGGUUUUCCACCAUCAAGGACUACAACAAGUUCAAGCAUGGCGAAAACUCGCUGCUUACCGCGGGCACCUCCGAGGACUCUCUCAUGGAGGUCUGGCUGGAGUCCUUCAAGCUCUCUGAGCUCGACGAGAGCGGUUUCAGAGUGCCCCAGCAGGAGGCCUCCAACAAAGAACAGUCCCAGGGGUCCCUCUUGAAGAUCCGUCUCUCCAUGAGGAAGGACGAAACGCAGGUCAACGGGUCCUUCCAAAUAACUUACUUCUCCACCGAAUUGGACCAAUUGGUUGCAAAGUUCAAGGCGCAGAAAGUCGCGGAAAACGUCUACUCCAUAGUGGACCCGCUUAAUAACACCAUCCAGUUCACAAACUACGCUUCCGCGCUAGACAAAACACCAACAACGGCAGACUUCUUCCAGAAGCCAGCAGAGGACGCCGGUGCCGCCUCCGCGGAAUUGUCCACCUCUUCCUCCGAGGACGCUCUAACCAAGUUGAAGACCUCUCUUGGGUCCCUGCAACCAAAGAAGAAGAUCGCAGUCAUGACCUCGGGGGGGGACUCCCCAGGUAUGUGUGCCGCCGUGCGUGCCGUCGUUAGAACCGGUAUCCACUUCGGCUGCGACGUGUACGCAGUGUACGAAGGGUACGAGGGGCUGCUGCGUGGCGGUGACCUCUUGAAGAAAAUGAGCUGGGAGGACGUCAGAGGAUGGCUAAGCGAGGGUGGUACACUUAUCGGGACCGCGCGUUCCGUCGAGUUCAGACAGCGUGAGGGGAGGAAGAGGGCCGCUGGGAACCUGAUCAGAAGAGGGAUUGACGCAUUGGUCGUCUGCGGUGGUGAUGGGUCCCUGACUGGUGCCGACUUGUUCAGACACGAGUGGCCAUCCCUGGUCGAAGAACUCGUCAAGGACGGGACUUUCACCCAGGAACAGGUCAACCCGUACAGAAACUUGACCAUCGUCGGGUUGGUUGGGUCCAUCGACAACGAUAUGUCAGGGACAGACUCCACCAUCGGUGCAUACUCCGCUUUGGAGAGAAUCUGUGAAAUGGUCGACUACAUCGACGCAACCGCCAAGUCCCACUCAAGAGCCUUCGUCGUAGAGGUCAUGGGCAGACACUGUGGUUGGCUAGCACUGAUGGCCGGUAUCGCCACCGGUGCGGACUACAUCUUCAUCCCGGAGAGAGCCGUCCCCCGUGGGAAAUGGCAAGAGGAAUUGAAACAGGUCUGCCAAAGACACAGAGACAAGGGUAGAAGAAACAACACCAUCAUUGUCGCCGAGGGUGCCCUUGACGACGAGUUGAACCCAGUCACGGCAGAGGAUGUCAAGGACACUUUGGUCGAACUUGGCCUAGACACAAAGGUCACCAUCUUGGGCCACGUCCAGAGAGGUGGUACCGCUGUCGCUCACGACAGAUGGUUGGCCACUUUGCAAGGUGUUGACGCCGUCAAGGCCGUCUUGGAAAACACCCCAGAGACCCCAUCGCCAUUGAUCGGUAUCCUAGAGAACAAGAUCAUCAGAAUGCCCCUUGUUGAAUCGGUCAAGUUGACCAAAUCUGUCGCCGAUGCUAUCGAAAGCAAAAACUUCGACAAAGCUAUCAGUCUGAGAGACACAGAAUUCAUCGAACUUUACGAAAACUUCUUGUCCACCACGGUCCGUGACGACGGUUCUGAGUUGUUGCCAGAAAACGAGAGACUGAACAUCGCCGUCGUCCACGUCGGUGCACCAUCUGCCGCUUUGAACGCUGCCACCAGAGCCGCAACUUUGUACUGUCUGUCCCACGGUCACAAGCCAUUCGCCAUCAUGAACGGGUUCAGUGGUUUGAUCCAAACGGGUAAAGUCAAGGAAUUGAGCUGGAUCGACGUUGAAAACUGGCACAACUUGGGUGGUUCCGAAAUCGGUACCAACAGAUCUGUCGCCGCUGAAGAUAUGGGUACCAUUGCCUACUACCUGCAGAAGUUCAAGAUUGACGGGUUGAUCAUCCUUGGUGGGUUUGAAGGUUUCAAGUCCUUGAAGCAGCUACGUGACAGCAGAAAGGACCAUCCAAUCUUCAACAUCCCAAUGGUCUUGAUCCCAGCAACCAUCUCCAACAACGUCCCAGGUACGGAAUAUUCGCUAGGUGUUGAUACCUGUUUGAAUGCAUUGGUAAACUACACCGAUGACAUCAAGCAGAGUGCCUCCGCCUCCAGAAAGAGAGUUUUUGUCGUUGAAGUGCAAGGUGGCCAUUCCGGUUACAUUGCCUCCUUCACUGGGUUGGUGACCGGUGCCGUGUCUGUUUACACGCCAGAAAGCAAGAUCGACUUGACGUCCAUCAAGGAGGAUUUGACUCUGCUACAGGAGAACUUCCGUCACGAUAAAGGUGAGAACAGAAACGGUAAGAUCUUGAUCAGAAACGAACAGGCAUCGUCCGUGUACAGCACAGACCUGAUCGCCGACAUCAUCUCCGAGCAAAGCAAGGGCAGAUUCGGUGUCAGAACCGCUAUCCCAGGCCAUGCACAACAAGGUGGUGUCCCAUCCUCUAAGGACCGUGUCACCGCCUCGAGAUACGCUGUCAAGUGUUGUAAGUUUAUCGAACAGUGGAACAAGAAGAACACUGCCAAGUGCACGGACGAAGACGCCCACGUCUUGAGAUUCACCUACAAUGCUCAAGGUGAGAAAGUGCCAACUGUCGAGCAUGAGGACGAGUCUGCUAGUGUCAUUUGUGUCAACGGCUCUCAAAUUUCCUACAAGCCAAUUGCCGACUUAUGGGAGAACGAAACUGAUAUUUACUUGAGAAAGGGUCAGGACGUGCAUUGGAGAGAGUUUAACAAGGUUGGUGACAUUCUUUCCGGUAGAUUGAGACUAAGAGCCGAGGUGGCAGCUGGUGAAUGUCAACAAAAUGCUUGA